CACUCUUCGUCCUUGUCUGCCUCUUGAACCAGUGAAUAACAAUGUCGAUCCCUUGUCUCACAGAAGAAACUGCAAAAACUGUUCUCCGCCAGGUGGAGUUCUACUUCAGUGAUAGUAACCUCCCCAUUGAUGAUUUCUUGAAGAAGACUGUUACAAAUAGUGAAGAUGGAUUGGUUAGUUUGGCGUUGAUAUGUUCCUUCAGUAAGAUGAGAGGAUAUUUAAAGUUGGGUGAUUCGAAAGGAGAUGAGAUUCCUGAAGAUACCAUCAAAGCUGUUGCUGAUACCCUUCGUACCUCUUCGGCUCUCAAGGUUUCAGAAGAUGGGCAAAAGGUUGGUAGGAAUACAGAGUUGUUGAAGCUUGAAGACUUGAUUGAACAACUUAAUGCUAGGACAGUUUCUGCUUCACCAUUCUCCUUUGAUGUUAAAAGGGAUGAUGUGGAAGCCUUUUUCAGUCAGUAUGGAAAGGUUAAUAGUGUGAGGUUGCCUCGUCAUGUAGCUGAGACGAGAGUGUUUUCUGGUGUUGUCUUGGUAGAGUUCCCUACAGAAGAGGAUGCCCAAAAUGUUAUGAAGCAAAAGUUGGUCUUUGCUGGUGUCGACUUGGAGAUGAAACCAAAGAAAGAGUUUGAUGAAGAAAGGGAGAAAGAUGAAGAAAAGUUUGCUAGCUACCGUCCUCAAAAGGGUUCUGCAAAUCAGAAUAAUGGCUCUGAUAAUAAGAGCGGCUCUGACCAUGAGGCAAACUAUCCCAAGGGUUUGAUCAUUUCUUUCACUCUAAAGCGCUCAGAUGAAGAAGGUGCCACAGAAGAGAAGAGUUCUGAAGAGCCAACUGCGAAGACAGUGGAUGAAAAUGACUCAAAACCUGCGGAUGUAGAAAACACUGAUCAGGUUCAGGGCCAAGGAACAGAGGGUGAAGAUGAUGAUGAUGAAUCUUCAGACCCUCCAACUAAGAAUGGGGAGAGAGAAGAAAAGGGUGCUCUAGCAACCCAUAAAGAUAACAAAGAAGUUGUCUUGCGUGAAGAUCUUAAGGCCGUUUUUGGAAAAUUCGGUGAUGUCAAGUUUGUGGAUUUCAAAAUGGGAGCUGAGACGGGUUACCUUAGGUUUGAUGAACCAGAAGCAUCCCAGAAAGCCCGUGCAGCAGCAGUGUUAGCCAAAGAAGGUGGACUAGCCGUGAAAAAUUUCAUCGCUGUCCUAGAACCUCUUACCGGGGAAGCUGAAAAGGAGUACUGGGGUCUCCUUCGCAGCAAAGACAGGUUUGACAAGGGUGGCCGUGGAGGAAGGGGAGGAAGACGAGGAGGAGGGAGAUUCGGGAGAAAGAGGGGAUCUGAUUCACCGGGUGGUCGCUGGAACAAAGCUCAGAAGCUAACUAUGAAGCGUGAGAUGAAAGCCCCUCCCAAUGUUCCACAAGAUGGAACUCAGAAAGGGAGUCAUGGGAGGACUUAUGGCCCUGCAAGACGAUCCACCAAAGGACAAUGGACCCCUGAAGAGGACGAAGUCUUGUGCAAGGCUGUCGAGCGGUUUCAAGGAAAGAACUGGAAGAAGAUAGCCGAGUCUUUUAAGGAUCGUUCUGAUGUUCAGUGUCUUCAUAGAUGGCAAAAGGUCUUGAACCCAGAGCUUGUGAAAGGUCCAUGGUCAAAAGAGGAGGAUGACACAAUAAUUGCUUUGGUAGAAAAAUACGGGCCAACGAAAUGGUCUACUAUUUGUCAGCAUUUACCUGGGCGCAUAGGAAAGCAAUGUAGGGAAAGGUGGCAUAACCAUCUCAACCCUGCCAUUAAUAAAAGUCCAUGGUCUCAGGAAGAGGAACUAACUCUUAUUCGUGCACAUCAAAUAUAUGGGAAUAAAUGGGCAGAUCUGAUGAAGUUCUUGCCAGGAAGGUCAGACAAUUCAAUAAAAAAUCACUGGAACAGCGCAGUUAAGAAGAAAUUGGAUUCCUACUACGCAUCAGGACUUCUUGACCAGUGUCAAAGUUCGCCACUGAUUGCCCUUCAGAACAGAUCCAUCGCUUCAUCUCCCUCGUGGACGCCCAGCAGUGGAGAUGAAGGUAAUUUCAGGCAAGGGGCUGAUGCGGAAGAAUCAGAAUGCAGCCAAGCUUCAACUGUUUUCAGUUGUUCACAGUCGACCAAUGAUUUACUAGAUGAGGUUAAAACUGCAGAUGAAGUAUUCUACAAUCCUGAAAUGCCUCCAGGAAAAGAGCAGCAAAUCUCAAACUCACCAUCUCAUGCAGAAACGUACUACCCGUCCUUGGAAGAUGUUAAAAUUGUUGUCCCAAAAAUCUCUUGUGAUGGGGAUCACUUGCAGGGUGUAUCAGAUAAUGCUAAUCAGGACCUCAAUCUAGACUGUCCUCAGUUAUUGACCCAUAAUAUGGACGGUAAUGGAAAAAUUGAAGCAUGCCAAGAUUUUCAAAAUUCAGUCAGAUUAAGUGAUCAACCUUCGUUGCCACAACCUCAAACUUUGAUCACGGACGAGGAAUGCUGUAUGGUUCUUUUUCCAAAUAACAUGAAAGAUAGCUAUACAUCUUAUGCUGAGCAAGGUCAGAAUAUGGUUGACCCUCAUAAGGGCAAAGGAUCUCUUUCUUCUCUGUCUGCAGAAACCCAUGAUAAUGAAACUGGAAUCAUUCUAGCUUUGUCCUCGCAUCCUUCAAAUUCUAAUGAUCCUACUCAAGGUAACCUUCUUGGAGCUACUGGAAAUGAUGGUUUCAUCGACACUGAUGGACUUGUAACUUCCCAUGGCAAUGAUGGUAUCCCAGAACAGCAUGAGAUAUCAUAUAUUCCCAAGGAUUCUUUGAAGCUAGUGCCUCUGAAUAAUUUUGCUUCUCCUGCUAGAGUGAAGAAGAUUCAUUUUCCUAUUGCCGAUAAGCCAGCUGAAAAAGACAAAGGAACUCUUUGUUAUGAACCUCCACGUUUUCCAAGUGCAGAUAUUCCUUUCCUUAGCUGUGAUCUUGCACCAUCAAGUAGUGACUUACGGCAAGAGUACAGUCCCUUUGGUAUCCGCCAGUUGAUGAUUUCUUCCAUGAAUUGUACAACUCCGUUAAGGUUAUGGGAUUCACCGUGUCAUGAUAAGACCCCUGGUGUCAUGCUUAAAGAUGCUACCAAUAGUUCCAGUGGUGCACCGUCCAUCUUAAAGAAGCGGCAUCGGGACUUUCUGUCACCUGUGCUUGAUAGGAGAAAAGGAAAAGUGAAUAAAAGUGCUGAAACUUCCUUCUUGGCUAAAGAUUUUUCACGCUUAGAUGUUAUGAUUGAUGAUGGAGAUGAUUGCAAUUCCUCACGUCUGUCAGAAUGUCCUGACAAUAAAAAUAAAUGUGCUUCCUCUUCUGAAGCCAAAGAGGACCCAAAGGAAACCUUAGAGUCAGAAGUAUUGACUUCAGCUAAAAUUGACCAAGAAACUCGUAGAAGUUUGGUUUAUCAUAGUGAUGUUGAGAUGCAACUGAGUUCUCCUGAUAAAACAGGAUUUAGAACAGAUAACAAAGUGAAUACAGUUGCAAAAGAUCCAUCGAACCAACACGAAAGGUCAGUAAGUACUAUUCCAACUGGAGAAAUCUCAUCAGAGACUCCAUUCGCGGAAAUUAAAACCAACACUGGAGAGAGUAGUGUUGAUAUCAUUGAAAACUAUAGCAUAUUUGAUGGAACUCCAUUCAAAAGACUCCUUGAUACCCCAUCACCAUGGAAAUCCCCUUUACUCUUUGGUUCUUUCUUGCAAAGCCCAAAGUUGCCUCCAGAAAUAACGUUUGAGGAUAUUGGGUGCUUUAUGAGUCCAGGAGAGAGAAGUUAUGAUGCCUUAGGACUGAUGAAGCACUUGAGUGAACACACAGCUACGGCAUAUGCAGAUGCUUUGGAAGUCUUGGGCAAUGACACACCUGAAACGAUACUCAAGAAGAGACAGCUGAACAAAUCUGUUCAAGGGAAAGAAAAUCAGCUCUGGCCUCACGAUCAACUUGAAAACCGAUCCCAGGUGGAGUGUCGCGCCUUGGACUUCAGUGACUGCGGGACACCUGGGAAAGCAAAGGUAUCCUCGUCUUCUCCAUGCGGCUACACGAGCCCAUCAUCUUAUCUUCUGAAGAGUUGCAGAUAG